CUUUGCUCCAAUGUCCCGGAUGGAAACUCCUUUCCAUAGUGCACUUAAAGACCGGGAAGUUGAUGGUCUUUUUCAAUGACAAUAGUACCCACCAAGACCAACUAUACCAUUUAAUACUACUGCCUCUUCGUUUUCAAAAAAAAAAAAAUACUACCGCCUCUUCGUCUUCGACAUCCACAAGACCAACCCAUCCUCUUCUCCUUAAUGAUCAGGUCUUCAUAAAGUUCUUCCAAUUUGACCAUAAUAAUCCUCAAGAGGAAGUUAUACAAGUAGAUAAUCUGGACAAACCAUUGCACUGCCUCCUCGGUGAAUCUCCCUAGAGAAAACUAAAUAGAACCAUAUGAAGAUCUCUUAUGACAUCCACCUCCUUGGUGUGUAUUUUGUUCAUGGCUUUGGUGGGUCCGGGAAAACAUUCUUAUGGAAUACACUAGCAGCAUUUGUGAGGAGUAGAUGAGAAGUUUUACUUACAGUUGCUUCAAGUGGCAUCGCGUCAUUAUAGCUUCCUCGUGGUAGAACCUCUCAUUCCAGGUUUUCGAUCCCUCUGAAUAUAGUUGAAAAUUCAACAUGUAAUAUUAAGCGAGGGAGUUCGAAAUCAAGGUUAUUAAUAGCUACAAAAUUGAUCAUCUGGGAUGAAGCGCCAAUGACUCACAAAUAUUGUUUUGAAGCUCUUGACAAGACGUUAAGAGAUAUUUGCUCAGUGGUAAAUCCAAAGAAUGAAGAACUGCCCUUUGGUGGAAAGAUCGUUGUUCUUGGAGGAGAUUUUAGACAGACACUACCAGUAAUCCCUAAGGGCACGCGCGAGGAAAUUGUCAUGGCUGCAAUAAAUUCAUCAUACUUAACGGAUUUUGUUCAAGUCAUGCGUCUGACAAUAAAUAUGAGGUUGCUGCAGAAAAGCAACAUUAUUGAUAAGCAAGAACUUGAACGAUUUGCUAAGUGGAUAUUACAAAUUGGCGAGGGCACUAUCGGCAGAGAAUCUGACAGAGGCAUUGAAGUUGAAAUACCCCAUGAUUUGUUGAUCCACUCGAAUGGGGAUCACUUUAAAGCCAUUGUUGACAGUACUUAUCCAGACUUGCACAACAAUAUAUCAAAUUUUGACUACUUGGACAAGAGGGCGAUCCUGGCACCUACUUUGGAAAUAGUAGAGGGUAUAAACAACUAUAUCCUUUCAAUGCUACCCGGACAAGAAGUCAAGUAUUUUAGCUAUGAUAGUAUUUGUCCUACUGCAGCAAGUACUUCCAGUUAUGAUGACAUAUAUCCUCAAGAGUAUUUAAAUAGUAUUUCAAUAUCUGGAUUGCCAAAUCAUGCGCCAAGCCUCAAAAUCGGUGUCCCUGUAAUGUUAUUGCGCAACAUCGAUCAAUCAGCAGGUUUAUGCAAUGGAACACGAGCUGUGAUAACACAAUUGGGGAAACGAGUCUUGGAAGCCAAAGUCCUCACUGGACCUAGCAAAGGGAAUAAAAUUCUGAUUCCAAGAAUGAAUCUAUGCCCAACAGAUACAACAUUGCACAUAAAGCUUCAGAGGAAACAAUUCCCAGUUUUAGUAUGCUUUGCUAUGAC